AUGUUCACUGCACGGGCAUUCAGGGCGCCCAAGCUGCCAACCAUGCCUCAUGUCCGGGCGGCGGCCACCCAGGCCGUCGAUGCCCCCGCCAAGACCGCUCAGCAAGAACUGGAGGGUGGCGUGACGGUGGUCACCGGCUCCUCCCGCGGCAUCGGCCGCGCCAUCGCGCUACGACUUGGUGCCGCGGGUGGGCGCGUGGUGGUCAACUAUGCCGCCUCCAGCGCCGCGGCGGAGGAUGUGGCGCACCAGAUCGAGGGUCUAGGCGGGUCGGCCAUUGUGGUCAAGGGCGACCUCGCCAAGGCCCUGAUCCAGGCCGCCGUAUCGGAGUGGGGCACCAUCGAUGCGCUGGUCAACAACGCGGGCAUCACAAGGGACACGCUGAUGCUGCGCAUGAAGCCGGAGCAGUGGCAGGCGGUGAUCGACGUGAACCUGUCGGGCGUGUUCUACGCCACGCAGGCCGCCACGAAGGUCAUGGCCAAGAAGCGGAAGGGCAGGAUCGUCAACAUCUCCUCUGUGGUGGGGCUGACUGGGAACGCGGGGCAGGUGAACUACGCCGCCGCCAAGGCGGGCCUCAUCGGCAUGACGCGCUCCGUGGCCCGGGAGUUUGCGGGGCGGGGUCUGCUGGUCAACGCCAUCGCGCCCGGGUUCAUCGAGUCGGAGAUGACGGGCGUGCUGUCCUCCGAGGUUGAGGCCGCCAUCCUCGCCAAGAUCCCCCUGGGCACGUACGGCAAGCCCGAGGAGGUGGCUGGUCUGGUCAAGUUCUUGCUGACAGACCCCGCUGCAGGCUACAUCACUGGCCAGGUCAUCAGCAUCGAUGGCGGCAUGAGCAUGCAAUGA